AUCCGUCUAAGUCAUCUCAUGGUCAAUCUCCGCAAUAACUCGUAAUCCGUUCACUUUAUUUGUACUGCAACUCGUCUAGUAUUUCGGCCAUUUUUAACCCGCUUUGCUACUACUGCUCGUCUCUUUUCCACCAUUUAAUCAAUGACCACAUUUGCAAACCAGUAAAUCAUGAUAACACAACUUGAAUGUCUUCCAUGAUUGCGGUGUCGCAUAAAUAAUAAAGAUUCCUGUAUGUCGCUUUGUAUAGCAUACUAAUUUGCCUAAUCUUCGCGGGUCUUUUGACCGCAGUGGAAAGGCACACAACAAUGGGCGGAAGGAACCCCUUAGUUCCUUGAGUAGCGGUUCCUGGCACUCAACGUUCCGGGUACUUUUUUGGUGGAAACGCGGCUUAAGUAUCUCCCAGAGCAAAUAUGGAGCUCCUUACAGUGCUGGCCCUACCCUUCCUUCUGUCCUUGGAGCCCUGUGUGGAAGGAUCAACGUUCACACUGCUCCUGUCCUUACCCAACACCUCCCUGCCCUUCAGUGUGGGCCGGAUUGGAGCAGGAGCCCUCAUUGCUAUUGACACAGUGAAUCGGAGCCCCAACCUGUUAGCAGGUCAUUCGCUAGAGUAUGAAUAUGUGGAUGAUGAGUGCUCUGAUGUGAACGGCACGGGCAAGAUAAUGGAACUAUGGCACAAACACAACUACAGCGCUUUCAUCGGUCCUGCCUGCUCUAACGUGUGCGCAAUCGUGUCAAAGCUGGCAGCUUUCUGGAACGUUCCAGUAGUCAGUCCCACCUGUGCAGACCAGCAAUUCCUUAUGAAAAAGGAUUAUCCCACUCUAACCAGAGUGUUCGGCCCCUUUACCAAGAUGGGCUGGUUCUUUGUGAAGAUCUGUGAGAACUUUGGCUGGAGACGUAUCAGCAUUAUAUGUGACAACCACCCUGCCUGGAUCAUGCCCGCUGAUGGAAUCAGGCACCAAGCUGAAGACAACAACAUUACUGUGGCUAAAUACCUGAUGAUUGAAAAACCUUUAACUUCACUCACACAAGCACAUACCUUGCUGGAGAUUACAGAGGUAUCUCGCAUCAUAGUGAUCUCAGCACAUGCAGAGGUUGUCAGGAGCUUCCUGAUCGAGGCUGACCGAAGAGGCCUCACCACAGGAGAUUAUAUUUUCGUCUGCUUCGAUUUCUACAACCUGGAAAACAUGUUUGGCAACUUUAACUGGAAAAUAGGACACGAUGACGACGCAGUGGCUAAGCAAGCUUACGGGGCUCUGUUCUUACUGUCUCUGUACAAACCCGAUGACCAGAGGUAUUGGAACUUCUCCAGCAACGUCAUCCGCAGGUCCAGAGAGGACUUCGGUUACGUCUAUGCACCCGAUGAAAAGGUGUCAGUGUUGGCAGCCUUUGCACACGACUCUGUGUUGUUGUAUGCCCAGGCUCUGAACGAAACCUUGGCAGAACAUGGUGACCCAUACGACGGCUUAGCCAUCACCCAGAAGAUGUGGAACCGGACCAUUCCAGGUAUCCAGGGUGACGUUACCAUGGACAGCUGCGGAGACAGGGAGUCGGCCUAUAUGAUGAAACACCUCCAAGACGGAGAGUUCAAAGUUAUUGCCAACUACUUUGGUACAAAUAAGGCUUAUGAGUCUGUGAAUGAGAUCUACUGGCCAGGAGGAAGAAAGAUGCCACCGAAAGACACACCAGAUUGUGGCUUCAAAAACGAGCUCUGCACCAAUAUCGAAAGAAGGUUUGCAGUUGCUGUAGGGACCAUUGCUGUUCUCCUGGCCACUGGGACACUGAUCGUUUGUCUUCUCUACAGGAAGCACAUCAUCCAGAAGAAGGUGUCUGUGAUACUGUGGAGGCUCAGCCCAGGUGAUGUCACCAUGAUGGAUCACAGCUCAACCUCUACAGGAAAGGUACUGUACAUCAACUCCAUGUCCAUCCAUGCUUCUCUGGAGUCCGGCCUAGAAAAUACGACGGACAAACCUUCCACCCACCGAACGGCAAUCUAUAAAGAGAACAUCUGUUCAGUCCGACUGUUGAAUGUGAAGAGUGUCUGUCUGAACAGAGAGUUGCUUGCUGAACUGAAAAGGUGUAGAGAUUUGAACCACCCAAACAUCUGCAGCUUCAUCGGUGCUUGUCUGGAACCUCCAAUUUUUUUCCUGCUGACAGAGUAUUGUCCUAAAGGGAGCCUGCAGGUAACACACCCACGUCUCUGUACACUCAUGAACCUCCUUUCGCUGCUUCUUCAAUCCAUCGCAAGAGCAAUAAACUCUACUGCAACUCCCAAACUCCAGGACAUUUUGAAGAAUGCUUCCAUUAAGCUCGAUUGGAGCUUCAAGUACUCCCUGAUGUUGGACAUUGUCAAGGGGAUGGACUACCUCCACCGAAGUCCUCUGCGUUCCCACGGUCACCUGUCGUCAUCUAACUGCGUGGUGGACAGUCGCUUUGUCCUCAAGGUGACCGACUACGGUCUAAGUCCCCUCAGAAGACCCCCUUUCCAGGACGACGAGGGCAGGUGUGGGUCCAGAGAUCACUGGACAUCGUUGCUGUGGAGGGCCCCGGAGCUGCUGAGGGACAGCAUGCCACCCGCCGGCACACAGAAAGGGGAUGUCUACAGUUUUGGCGUCAUCGUUCAGGAGGUUGUGUACCGCCAGGGACCUUUCUACAUACCCAACAGCACGCUGAAUGCACACGAUAUAGUGGAGCGGGUGAAGGCAGGCUGCAGCAUCAGAGACACUCCUCUCAGACCCUACACGGCCGGGGCAGAGUGUCCAGAGGGGCUGGAGGCCCUUCUGGGUGCAUGCUGGAGCGAGAGACCAAGCGACCGACCGGAUUUCUCCAGCCUCAGAGUGACCGUGAAGAGACUCUGCCCCAGCGGCAUGAAGGAGAACAUUCUGGACGACUUGCUGUCCCGCUUGGAGCAGUACGCCACCAACCUGGAGGAGGUGGUCGGCGAGCGAACCGCCCAGCUUGUUGAGGAGAAGAGGAGGGCCGAGGGCCUCCUCACACAGAUGUUGCCACGAUCGGUGGCCGGCCAGCUCAUCGCUGGGAAGACGGUGCAGGCGGAGACCUACGACUGUGUCACCAUCUACUUCAGCGACAUCGAGGGGUUCACCGCCCUGUCAGCUAGUCUCACGCCCAUGCAGGUGGUAAACAUGCUGAAUGACCUUUAUACGUUCUUUGACAAUAUUAUCGACAACUACAAUGUUUACAAGGUGGAGACCAUUGGCGAUGCUUAUAUGGUAGUGUCUGGCCUACCUAUUAGGAACGGAGAUGACCAUGCCAAGGAGAUAGCUCGUAUGUCUCUCGCAGUGGUGCGGGGCAUGAGGCAGUACAACAGCCCGUAUGUGCCACAGCAGCUACUCAAAGUUCGCAUUGGACUCCACUCAGGUCCAUGUGUGGCUGGUGUGGUGGGACUGAAGAUGCCCCGGUACUGUUUGUUUGGAGACACAGUCAACACUGCCUCGCGGAUGGAGUCGUACGGCUCACCAUUGCAGAUCCAUGUAAGCAGCUCCACCAAAGCUCUAUUAGACACUUUUGGGAUGUUCUGCUGUGAGCUGAGGGGUGACAUCCACAUGAAGGGCAAAGGGCUAGUACGGACGUUCUGGCUUUUGGGAGAGGACCAGUGACAUCCUGAUGUUUUCUUCUGAAAUUUGAUUUUGUGACGGUGCUGCAGAAAAGAUUAGGUCUUAAAAAAUGCAUACCUCUUUGUCACACACUUUUAGUUUUUGUAAUUUGGAGUUGGAGUGCAAUUUCAAGGAUCACUGAGCAAAUAUUUAUUUGUGAUAAAAACAACAAAACUAAUAACAGCUGUAAUCACUUUAAUUAUUGGAUAUUGUGUACUGUAGAGUAUUUCAUUAGACUGUUUUUUAAUUGGAUUUCUUACUCAUUUUAUUUGUACAUGUUGUGUUCCCUUAUCCAAAUAGGGUAUUUUCCGGUUUAGUUUGAAUUUUUCUAGAGUUUUCUAGACUUAUUUUUUCACUUGAAUAUUGUAGGUUUCUGUUUGUAAAUACAACCGGAAAAAGACAGAUUUGGUGAUUUAAUUUCAGGCAGCAAAUGGUAAACGUGGUGGUGGCUUUCCAUACCCACUGUAUAUUGAAAGGAGACAUUGCCCUAAAUGUUAACUUUUUAAUGACUCUAGUUCCAAGAAAAUGUAUUGAAAGGUGCCUCAUAAGAGUUGUUCACCAGACAAAUAUGCUGUUAGUUUAGUAGAAUUUAUGAAUGAAGAGCAAAGAAUAAGACUUCUGAAUACAUUUGAAAUUGUAUAAAAACACAAGAUUAAAAAUAAUUUGUUUCACACGCUUCCUAAUGUGUGCCCAUAAAAUAUAUUAUAAU